CAAACCCCUUGCAUCAAACCACCACAUUCCAGUCAACUAUCUGAGCGGGCGCGUCGCGGGGAAGGACAACUUUCGAAAGAAUGCAGGCACCCGCUGUUACAAAACUGUGCGACAAUCGCUCGGAACGAAGCAGUCGCGAACGGAAACAAACUUGACCGGCACCGAAAACGUUUUUAGACUGCUCAGAAAACAAUCUGUCACAGGACAACAAAUUGUUAAAAUGACAGACUAUUCAUCAGAAGACUUGUCGCCAUCGCCAAUGCCCACUACUCCCGCUCUCACAUACACCAUGGCGGCGCCUAGUCAGACUUCAGUACUCGACAUCAGUGGCCGCUGGCGCUUCAACCGAAAGCUCUCUGAUAACAUGAAGGAGGCAUACAAGAUGCAAGGGACAUCUUUCUGGACUCGGAAGCUCCUCUCCUUCAUGACCAUUGAGCAGGAAUACAUCAAGCACCCUUACUGCUUACCCUUCUCCGACGAUGUGGUCUUUAGCUUCCAACAGACCGUCCGCCGCCCCUGGUUUGGUGGCUGCAGGUUCCACAUUCCCAUGAACGACAACAUGUACAUCUUGGACAACGAGGACCGAGCCGUCGUUCUUCCCGCGCCACUAGGGCCGGUGCGUGUACGAUGUCGGUAUGAUUUUGUCAACAGAACACCAACGUACACAACAGGGGAGAAAAUGACAACGGAAAAGAGCGGUGCUCAGAUCGGACAGAUGGCGUUUGAGUCGGGAAUGGAGACGGAUCCUGAUGUCGGCCUACCAGAACGGGCCGUCAUGAUCGAGGUGAUGGAGAGUUUGAGUCAGUUGGGCAAGGGCGCUGGAUGGAGGUCGACUGUCGAAUGGGGCUUCGAGGUGAUUGCUGGGGAGAAAAGGCUGGUCAAGUGGGCCGUAACCGUGAAGGGGAGCCAAGUAGCCAAGGUGAAGAUGGUGUACGACUAUGUUGGGGAGUCUAUUGCACGCUCUGGCCGUGGCCAUGUGUAAACACAUUAUACUGUUCUGUUGCAGGAUGAUUCCCGGGAGAUAAUGAUACCCGCUGAUGGCUAGGUCAAAAGAGUAUAGAAUAGCAUGUUCAAGUGUGCUGGCAAUG